GCCCGGGCGGUGCGCGGCGGGCACGGAGCGGGGCACCGGGCGGCGGUGGCGCGGACUGUCCUCGGACUGGGUGAGACGCGGCCCCCGCGGCCGCACCAUGGACACGGGCGCCGAGGAGUACGAGCUCAACGGCGACCUGCCCCCGGGCUCGCCGGGUUCCCCGGGCGCCUCGCCACUUCGCUGGGGCCGGAACCGGCCCAUCAACGUGAACCACUAUGCCAACAAGAAAAGCGCAGCCGAGAGCAUGCUGGACAUCGCGCUGCUGAUGGCCAACGCCUCCCAGCUGAAGGCCGUCAUCGAGCAGGGGCCCAGCUUCGCCUUCUUCGUGCCCCUGGUGGUCCUCAUCUCCAUCUCCCUGGUGCUCCAGAUCGGCGUGGGCGUCCUGCUCAUCUUCCUGGUCAAGUAUGACCUCAACAACCCUGCAAAGCACGCAAAGCUGGACUUCCUCAACAACCUGGCCACGGGCCUGGUCUUCAUCAUCGUCGUGGUCAACAUCUUCAUCACUGCCUUUGGUGUCCAGAAGCCCCUGGGGGAUGUGGCCUCCCCGCAGUAGAGGCCCAGAACCCCUGAUCCAGGAAGCCCCUGCUGGCAGGAGUCGUGAACACCCGUGAGCCUCAGAGCGCAUGUCCACCACCGUCCAUGGCAGCAUACAUCCUGACGGCGAUGCAGGAGACUCCAGGGCAGCGUUGACUAGCCUGGGCCCCGGGCGGGCACCUGUACUUUCUCCUCUCCCUCUGCAGACGUCUCCCAGGCCCACAUGGGGCGCCACCUCCGACCCCAGGGACCCUCAGCCACCCUCCAGACUGCACGCGGGGACAUGCCAUCUGCAGUCAGGCUGCUCCCGACACCAGCCUGUGUCCUGGAAGCUGUGCCCAGCGGGGCCCAAGGGGCAGGACACAGAGCCGGGGACACGAGGGGCAGGGCAGGCCACGGUCUCAGGACGUUUCUGGAGAGACAAUGACGCCUGUGGCGUGCAGCACCCGGGGAUCUGCCCUCUCCACCUCUGACGCCUUCUCGGCCCCAGCUAUGGCCGCCAAUCUGUGCCUCACGACUGGACUGGUGGCCCCAGGCCCGGCACUCGGUCCCCACCAGCACUGGGGGCCCGGCCACCUCUCUCGGGAGCCUGAGCCCCUGUUUUUCUAAACCUGAGUGACCAAUAAAGCCGAAGCUUUUUCUUGCA